CCCAAAAUCCGUGUUGUUCUCAUAACUAUUUCCCGCCAAAAGUAAAUGUCAAUCAAAAGUGAUGUCGAGUUUCGCUGACUUUUGUUGAAAUUGUGAAAAGUGUCCUAUUUCUUAAAUGUGCUAGUGAAAUUAAACAGAAACCAUGGCAGAUUCAUUAGCUGGUCAGAGGGCCAAGAGGCAGAAAGUCGACAGACACGGCCGUUUGUCCGCUUUUGAGAGACUGAAGCAACUGAAAGGCAAGGGCGUGAAAAACAAGUACGAUGUUGAUGAGAUGGAAAAUGUAUACGACACGGUGGACGAGAGGGAGUAUAGUGAGCGUGUGAUGCAGCGCCAAGAAGAUGACUGGAUAGAGGAUGAUGGUACUGGCUAUGUAGAAGAUGGCAGAGAGAUAUUUGAUGACGAUGAAAUAGAAGACACUUAUGUGGCAUCUAACAACAAGGAGUCUGGGCGAGGACAGAAGCGGAAAGCCAGAGUUGCACCUCCUUCAUCUAAAGGAAAUAUCAGAAACCUCUUGGGAUCUAUGCCUACGAAGAAAAAAGAGGAUGUAAAAAUAUCAGAAGACAACAUCCUAUCAGACAUAAUGUCUGACUUGGAUGGCAAUGCCUCCACAGUGGUGAAACCCAAGCCUGUCGCUACCAAAGCCAACAUAGUAGAGUCCAGCAAGAGAGAUGCACAGAACUACUUCAAAAACCUAUCUUCAGCUGUCAAGAAACCAACUACUUCCACAACCCUGAUUAAGGAACCACCAGUUGUGAAAAAAGAAAAUAAAGAGAAUCUAAUAUCUCCUGAUAAACCAGUUGAAAAGAAAGUGGCUGUUCAAAAUGGUGAGACAUCUAAACCAAUAGAAAAAACGAUAACAAAGAAACCAGAGUGGAAGAUAGACAGAGAAAUAAAACAAGAACUAGAGGACUCAGCCACACAAAACAUUGAGGAAUUUGAGACACAGGAACUGGACUUUGACGAUGACUUCAGCAAUGACGCUGCACCCAAACCUGAGGAAGUGAGGAAGGAAAUACUUCCAAGCACUGCCGAGACCAUCACAGAUGUAGCUGAAGAGUUUUUGAAUGAGGAUUUUGAAAUAUUCCCAACUAAGAAAGAAACGCCUAAACAAUUGAAGCCGUUAACAAGCGCGUGGUCUGAUCAGAUGGGAGAGAACCAAGUGGCUGCUACGGUGCAAGUAGAUGGACAGUUGCCACUACAGACCAAUGAGAAUGGGGAGAAAGUACUGAAGUUCUACUGGCUUGAUGCUUGGGAGGACAGAUUUGUGAAGCCAGGAGUAGUGUUUCUGUUUGGGAAAGUGUAUGCCAACCCCUCUAAUAAGAAGGCUGGCUGCGUGUCCUGUUGUUUGGUUGUGAAGAAUGUUAAUAGACAAAUGUUUUUACUGCCUAGGCAAUAUAAACUGGACCCAGUGACAUUAGAACCAACAGAUGAGGAAGUGACGAUGAUGGAUAUGUACUCAGAGUUCAACAGCAAAGUUGCCAGUGAGCUAGGACUGAAGGAGUUCAAGUCUCGGAAGGUCACCAAGAACUACUGCUUCAACCUGCCAGACAUACCUGCACAGUCUGAUUAUCUGGAAGUUAGGUAUUCUGCUACAUUUCCGCCGCCACCCAAAGACAAGAAGUACCUAACCUUCUCCCACAUCUUUGGAGCCACCACAUCUUCACUGGAGACAUUCCUCUUGGAGCGUAAGAUCAAGGGUCCUUGCUGGUUGGAGGUCAAGGAGCCGGAGCAGGUGCAAGCCAAGGUUUCCUGGUGCAAGCUCGAAGCCAACUGCGAUAAGAUGGAGAAUAUCACUGUUAUAAGGAACGAUUCUGACUUGGAACCACCUCCUAUUGUUGUGGCUACUAUAAAUAUGAGAACUACAAUGGAUCAAAAAACAAGGAAAACAAAGAUAUUGAUGUUGAGUUGUCUGUCACACACAAACUUCCAUAUACACAAGCCUCCACCAAAUCCACCUUUUCAACAACAUUUCUGUGUAAUGACAAAGUGCAAUGAAAUAUGGCCACUCGACCUCAAACAGUCUCUACCUCAGUAUAAAGCGACAAAACUAACCAAAUGUGACACUGAGCGAGAAUUGCUCAAUUAUUUCAUGGUACAGUUCUGGAAGAUGGACCCAGACCUUGUGGUAGGCCACGACUUGAUGGGGUUCCAGCAAGAUCUACUCAUAGGCAACAUUCUGGACCUCCACAUACCAAACUGGUCGCGAUUGGGACGACUCAAGAGGUCUGUCGCUCCUCAAAAGAAAUAUGCAGCGAAGGACGCGUUUGUAGGUCGCCUGGUGUGCGACAUCAAAAUAUCUGCCAUGGAAUUAAUACGAGCUCGCAGCUUCGAUCUCGACACUCUAUGUGUAAAUGUACUCAAAAUGAAAGAAGGCGAACGUGUAGACGUGGCACUAGAAGAUUUGCCUCGAUAUUAUGAGAACAGUAAUGAUUUGUUCCAACUUGUGUCGCUAAGCAUGCAAGACGCUUCCUAUAUACUGAAAAUGUUGUGUGAACUGAAUGUCAUACCACUAGCGUUACAAAUCACUCAGAUUGCCGGAAAUAUCAUGUCGAGGACUUUACUCGGUGGAAGGUCUGAAAGGAACGAAUUUCUUUUGCUGCACGCCUUCACUGAGAAGAACUAUAUCGUACCUGAUAAAGUUUACGGAAAGAAAAUAGUGGCAGAUGAAGAAAACGACGAUCAAGAGGAAGGCACUACUACUACGAAUGUAUCCAAAAAGCAAGGAAAGAAAAAAGCCGCAUACUCUGGUGGUCUCGUCUUAGAUCCUAAGAAAGGAUUCUAUGAUAAACUUAUUUUGCUAAUGGACUUCAACUCCUUGUAUCCGAGUAUUAUACAGGAGUACAACAUCUGCUUCACCACUAUUAAAAGAAAAACUGCCUCAUCGUCUGACGACGACGUUGCUAACCUCAUAUUGCCAAAGUCUAACACAGAUCUCGGUGUUCUGCCGACACAGAUUCGCAAACUAGUGGAGAGUCGACGAGACGUGAAAAAGUUGAUGAAGACUCCCGAUUUAUCACAAGACCAGUACAUGCAAUACAAUAUAAGACAAAUGGCUUUGAAAUUAACAGCCAACUCUAUGUACGGUUGUCUCGGUUUCACGCAUUCUAGAUUUUAUGCCAAACCUUUGGCUGCCCUUGUUACCAUGAAAGGCAGAGAAAUUCUGAUGGACACCAAAGAAAUUGUACAAAAGUCGAAUUACGAUGUAGUUUACGGAGAUACAGACAGUUUAAUGAUUAAUACUAAUUGCUUAGAUUAUGAUAAUGUUUUUAAAAUAGGUGUCGAUCUAAAAAAAGAGAUUAACAAAAAGUACAGACAAAUUGAGCUGGACAUUGAUGGUGUAUUCAGAUAUCUGUUGCUUCUGAAGAAGAAGAAAUACGCCGCAGUACUAAUCAGCAGGAAUAAGAAUGGUGAGUUUGUAUUCACUCAUGAGCACAAGGGGUUAGAUAUUGUUCGUCGUGAUUGGUCACAACUGGCUGCAGAAGCCGGUAAGUUUAUAUUGAGUCAGAUUUUAUCUGAACAAUCUGCAGACGAGAGGCUUGAGAGCAUUCAAGGCCAUCUCAACAAGCUGAAAGAUGAUUUAGUGGACGGAAAAAUGCCGCUAUCGAUGUUAACGAUCACGAAACAACUCACAAAACACCCGAACGAGUACCCCGACAAACAAAUACAACCACACGUGCAAGUAGCUCUGAGACUGAACAGUAAAAAUAGCAGAAGGUUUAAAAAAGGAGAUGUUGUGCCUUAUAUCAUCUGUGAAGACGGAACCGCUAAAGCCGCGACGCAGAGAGCGUACCAUAUCGAAGAGCUAAAAAACUCAGAACAUCUGAAAGUUGAUUUCAAGUAUUACUUAGCACAUCAGUUACAUCCCGUCAUAUCUAGAAUAUGUGACCCCAUCGAAGGAAUGGACCCGGCUCGAGUGGCGGAUUGCCUCGGCCUCGAUCCCUCUGGGUAUCGACAAAUCAGGAGAGCAGAAAACUGCAACACUGAAACCUAUGAAGUAGAGAAUGAACAAGAAAAAUACAGACAGUGUAAAGACUUUGUGUUUGUUUGUGUGAACGAACAUUGCAGAACUGAGAAUAAAAUAAGAGAAACAGUUGUAAAACUGGACAAAGAAAGUGUAACAUUUUUGGAUAAAUGUCAAAACGAUAAGUGUAAUCUGAGACCUGUUGACUAUUUGGCGAGUAUUCAGAACCAGCUGAGUCUGCAAGUGCGUCAGUACCACGCGCAGUACUACGCGGGCUGGCUGUCGUGCGAGGACCCCGCCUGCGGACACCGCACGGCGCGGCUGCCGCAGACGUUCGCCGGCGGCUACCCGCUGUGCAGACUAUGCGAGAAAGGCGUCAUGUUUAGAGAUUAUACUGAAAAAGAUUUAUACCUGCAAAUCAACUUCUUCUUAUUCUUGUUCGAUCUUAGCAAGAAUACUAAUUCAAAGACACGGUUGUCCCCUCAAGUCACGAAUGCGUUUCAACAGUUAAAAGAAAUGGUCGUAGAAGACUGGCUGGCACAGUCUGCGUACUCCAUCAUAAAUCUUUCUAAACUAUUCAGAUUCUUUACUUUAGACGCCAAAACCGGUAACAGGGUGAAGUCUGAACCAGUAGAAAUCGAUAUUUUACCUGAGACUGAGCAAAUUGAUGCGCUAUUGGAAAUGGGCGUCUAUUAACUUGCAUUAAAUAAAUAUGUAUUAAGUUUUAUAACAAGGAUCAUGUUAAGUUUUAUAACUAAACUGUAUAUAAUUAAAUAUUCUUGUAUUCGAAA